CCCUCCCCGCAGCACCGGCGGUACCGCAGCCCCGCCCCCCGGGGGUCGGGCCGGGCGGAACCGGGCGGCUGCUCCGUGAGCGGAGGUGGGCGGCACAGCGGCCGCGUUUCCUCCCCGGGAGACUGCCCACAUGGAGCGGGCUCCCCAGGGCAUGUUCCAAAAUGAACUUGAGUGGUGCAUUUUGCAGAUGAAGGGAAACCUUUGCCUCAACCCAACCCCAAAGCAAGUUUCUGAGAUGAACCCAGGAGCAGGUGGCACAUCUUCAGAAGCAGUCCCUGGUGUCAGUGGUGCUGAGCAGAUACAAACCAGUGUAAGAGCCACAGAGCAGGAGAACUGGAAUGGAGCCUUGAGUCUUGCUGCCUCUGGACAAGAACCCAAGUCUGCCACCCCAGAUAAAGAGUGUUCUCUGGCUCCUUUAGUUCCAGCAGACCAACCUGCACAGCAUGCAGCAGAGCCUGAAGCACUGGGGAGUUCACUGCCUACUGAAUCCCCAGGUAAGCUGCAGAUUUCAGCCUUGCAGAAGCCUGAGUUGACUCAAACUGCAGGUAGUGCACCCAAAGAGGAGGAUAGAAGCCAUGUGACAGAAAAGGUUCCCCAGCCAGAGACUGCUCCUGAAGAUGAGACAGUGCCAGAGAAAUCUACAGCGAGUGGAGCUGCCCAGAAGAAGAAAAAGAAGAAACAAAAGAUACCUGUCAGUAAAAAGGAGACAGAAGAAACUGAGGUCAGCAAGAAGACGAAGGAAGGAGAUAAUGGAUGUCAGAAUAAAGAUAGUUCCCAUCAGGAUGAGACCUCUCAGCAGUCAGAGGACCAGCUGUGGAACGAGGUGGAGUGGUGUGUGAAACAGCUGGAGCUUGGCCUGAAGACACAGAAAGCCACUCCCAGGCAGGCUGAGGAGGCUCUCCGGGCCAUCAGGACCCUGCGCAGUGAGAAGGCUCCACUGGUGAAGAAGCGCCAGCUCAUGAGAACCAUGUUUGGAGACUACAGGAAGAAGAUGGAGGAGGAAAGGCUCAAAGAAGAGAAGCUCACAGAAAUAGCACUGAAAUCUGCCAGGAUCGUGGAAGUGAAGGGAAGUGUCUGCAGAAAGAGUGGCCACUUCAUCCGGAAGAGCUUAGCAGCCUGCAGGAAGAGCCAAGGCUCAACAGAUUCUGCUUCAGAGUCACCCAGGACACUUAACACAGGCUUGUUCAAAUUCACACCUUCCCAAGAAGACUUUCGCUUUAAUUUCUUCUAGGCAAGUCUUCUAGACUAAAACUGACUGAAAGCUGUGCCAAAUCUCCUGUCAUCUCUAGAACAGUGGAAAGAUGCUGUGCAGAAGAAAAUGUUAGACAAGAAAUCCAGUGUAUUAAUCCAGUGUAUUUCCUGAGGAAAAGAUCCUCUUUCAGAGUGCCUUAUCUAGAGGCUCAGGGCAGAUCUGCCUUCUCUACAUCUGACCCCAGGACUCAGCCUCUGAUGUACUGCUGUCCUCACACUGGAGAAAGGCACUUCUGCAAAACGUCAGCACAGAGUCUGGAGGGACCUGGUUUUCUUCUUGUAGAACUGGCAUCAACCUAAGAAUCUGUCUUUUGUACUGGGAGGCUUCGCUGUUCUCCUGUUCCUUUUAAACAGAGCAGAGCUCAGAUGGCAGAUGAAGCAGUGAUGCAUGCAGAAGGGAAUGGUUUCUAAUAAAAAUCUGGUU